UGUAGUUUCAUUUUUUAUUUUUUCUUGCAGCUUUGAAAAGUCAGGUAGGACGUGUGAACAGAAGAAGAAUCGAGAGUUGUUUAAUUGUUAGUUGAGAAGCCGAGUUGAAUCGAUAUGCCUCUUUCGUCGGAUACGCAGAUACUCGAGACGAGCGGUGGGCUUGUGAGCACGCUUCGGGGUAUGGCUGGCGAUGCUGCGCAGAGCUUUAGACCUGCCCACGCAAAAGGCCAUCUCCUGACUGGCACCUUUACACCCACCUCAUCUGCCUCGGACCUCACUUCCGCCCAUCACUUCAACGCCCCCUCCACGUCAAUCACCGUGCGCUUCUCCUCUUCAACCGGCCUCCCCAAGAUCCCCGACACAGAUCCCAACGCAAACCCCCGCGGCAUCGCCAUCCGGUUCCACUUGCCAGAGCAAAACGGCAAACGGCAGCACACGGACAUCAUCGCGCACUCAACCAAGUACUUUCCCACGCGCACAGGAGCCGAAUUCCUGGAAUUCCUAAAAGCCGCAACGGGCAGUAAUGCCAGCGAAGCCGUACCCGAGUUCCUCGGUCGUCACCCCGAGACGGCGCGGUUCCUCCAGGACCCCAAGCCCAGUCCCGAAAGCUUUGCGACGGAAAAGUUCUUUGGGGUGAAUGCGUUCAAGUUUACCAAGGAUGGGAAGACUACAGUGCUACGGUACCGCAUUGUACCUGUUGCAGGCGAGAAGCACCUUAGUGCCGAGGAGCUGAGUGGGAAAUCCGAAACAUAUCUGUUCGACGAGUUUCCUCAGCGUCUCGAGAAAGGACCUAUUGAAUUCAAGCUUCUUGCGCAAAUCGCAGAGGACGGAGAUGUGACUGAUAACGCGACGGAGAUUUGGCCUGAAGAGAGGAAGAUAGUCGAGCUGGGCACCAUCACGAUUGACAAGACCAAAGGCGGCGAGGAAAGCCUGGAGGAACAGAGAAACGUCAUUUUUGACCCUAUCCCCAGGGUGUCGGGCGUGGAGCCAAGUGAUGACCCGCUGUUGGAAGUGCGUGCGAAUGUGUAUUUGAUCUCGGGGAAGCAAAGGCGGGCCGCUGAACCGGUGAAGAUGGACAAGGGUGUCGCUACUGAAGUUGCGGUAGCUGCGACGUAGAGCGCUGUCAUGAUGCAUGGUCCGAGGGUUGAAACAAGUUGGAUGUACCGGAAUCAUUCGAGGCAUUUUAUGCAUGAAUUCUCCAUCUUUGGGGUCCCGUAACCCUCGCGCCCUAUCGGCUAUCGUGAAGUCGGUCGCUGCAGAAACAUGACAGCCACUGCGUGGCUCCGUUAAUCUCGGUGAUUCCAUGACUCGAAUGCGUGAAGAAAGUCUGAGCAUCUUGCGUGAGUAUGAGCCGCGUAAGAUAUAGCGGCUCUGAGAAAAGCACCGUCGUCCAAGGGUCCAUGCGGGCUAACGUGCAGCCCAGUAUACGGACAGGUCACGACGGCCGCUCCCGUGUUCAACACUAUACCAGGCACCCAUUCGAGCCUAAA